GCAGGCUGCGGAUAGAAGGACAGUGCGUGAAAAGCUGUCACUUUUGCAGCUUACCUCCCCACGGACACGCCGCCGCAACCGCCGCUGUUGUUUGUUAAAGUUCCUUUUUUUCUUUCUUUCUUUUUUUUUUUUUUUUUUUUGCACAUGGAUAAUCGGAUUUGCUCCCUGACGACCUCCUCGCGCAGCAUGAUGGAGAGCUGAGGACACGACAGUACCUGACGGGAUCCGUGCUAACUGCAGAAAAAGUGGACCAGGCUCUUUGGAAACAGGGCUUCUCAUCAUCGAUUGGAAACUCCCUGAGACCCUCAACUGGCUGAUUUCAUGGGGGACAGCAUCAUGGCUGCGUAUGGACAGACCCAGUACAGCCCCACCCUCCAAGGUGCCGGCCCCUACGGCCCUUACACGCAUCACACGCAAGGCUACAGUGUGCCAUCCUACAACAUAAAGACAGAGGAGGGCCUGAGCCACUCGCCGGGCCAGACGACGCUUUUGGGUUACUCCAACUUCAGCAGCGCUUCUGCCAGUCAGAGCCUCUACGGCUACUCGCACACACAUGGUGCAGGCAUUUCUUCUGGGAUUUUCCAAGGCGGCCACGCCAUCUCCACAUCCACGCCGUUCAACCCGACGCAGCAAGAGUUUUCAUCGUAUUCCAGCUACAGUCAGAGUCAGUACUCGCCGUAUUACAACUCGCAUCACUACAACAACCCAUACCUGAGUGGCAGCAACAUCAGCCCCGCCUCCAUCAGCACCCCGUUAGCCUAUCAACAUCCAGAGCACCCCAUCAUGUUACCCAAUCACACCCCAGAGUCUCACACAGGAGAGUACCACCCACCGCCAAGCCCCCCCACACCAGGUAAAGAGGGGGAGAGGGGCACGGUGCCCAUGCGGAGGGGGUCCGAUGGGAAGUUGAGGGGGAGGAAAAAAGUCAGUGACCCAGCACUGCCUUUGGAUGCUGACAUUGAGCGGGUGUUUAUCUGGGACCUGGAUGAAACUAUCAUAAUUUUCCACUCGCUCCUCACGGGGACCUUCUCCUCAAGAUUUGGCAAGGAUUCAUCCAAAGCGGUUUCACUGGGUUUGUGGAUGGAGGAGAUGAUCUUCAAUUUGGCCGAUUCACGACUCUUCUUCAAUGACUUGGAGGAAUGCGACCAGGUUCACAUUGACGACGUGGCGUCGGAUGACAACGGUCAAGACCUGAGCACAUACAAUUUCACAACGGAUGGCUUCCAAAGCCCGGCGGGAGCCGGCUCCCUGUGCUUGGGUUCAGGGGUUCACGGCGGGGUGGACUGGAUGAGAAAGCUGGCGUUCCGAUACCGGCGGGUCAAAGAGAUUUACAACACAUACAAGAAUAAUGUUGGAGGAUUGCUGGGCAGCCCCAAGCGGGAGGAGUGGCUCCAGCUGAGGCGGGAGAUGGAGGUCCUCACUGACCUGUGGCUCACCCAAGCCCUCAAGGCUCUGGCGCUCAUCAGCACCAGGCCCAACUGCGUGAACGUCCUGGUGACCACCACCCAGCUGGUCCCGGCCCUCUCCAAAGUGCUACUGUAUGGUUUGGGAGCAGCCUUUACCAUUGAGAACAUCUACAGUGCCACUAAAAUCGGUAAAGAGAGCUGUUUUGAUCGCAUCUCUCAGAGGUUUGGCAGGAGAGCCGUCUACGUGGUGGUCGGAGACGGAACCGAAGAGGAGACGGUGGCCAAGAAGAAAAACAUGCCAUUUUGGAGGGUGUCUUGCCGGGCUGACCUGGAGGCUCUGAGCCACGCACUGGAGCUGGACUACCUGUAAAGGGCGUCAAGACCCCCCACACCCCUCCUUCGCAACGCACACACGCAGACAUACACACACAUGCACACCACCUUCACCAGGAACUCCUGGACUCUUGAACAAACUAAGACUGAUGAUUCCCAGUGAUGCUGAGUCAAGUCGGCGGGAAGUUUGAUUGUUGAAAAUGACCAAAACGAGCGGCUAGAGGACCAAAGCUUCAGCGCUAAUCCCAGGGAACUUCUUUGGCUUUUUUUUUUCUUCCUUGACUAUUUAAUUCAAUUCAUCUCACUUUAAAGAAUGGCAUCUCUAGAUUUGAUUCUUGAUUUCAAGUCCUCAAAUAAUGACAUUUGUUAUAGGGGGGUUAAAAGCUGCAUCAAAGAGGCUAUGAAAAAUACUACCAGUUAAAUGUAAGCUAUUUAUUGUCAGUCAUGGAAUUGCCUCCACAAAAAAAAAAAAAAAUGGAAGAGAUCAAAAGUUUCUUGUGCUUCCGCUUCCUUGUUUUGGGGUGUUAAUGUUGGUGCGCUUUUGUGCUUCUUUUUUAACCCUCCUUUUCUGUCCCUAAUCGCCUCUUGUGUAAAUUAGAUGGACUGUUAGCGCAUGUGCCUGUCAGCUUAGCUAUGAUGAUGUGUAUAUAAUGCUUUCUGCUCCAUUUGUUUUGACACACGUUUCAAAUAGAAAAAUAAAUAAGUUAAUUGCACCGUA